GGGGCGUUACGUCAUUGGACAGCAGCGACGGGGUUCCGCGGCUGUACGAAAGAUGGCUGAAGUGAUAUCUGACAGUGACAGUGAUGGGGAAAUUCGGGUGACAAGUCGACCCAACCCACCUCCCAAACGCAGGCGCAUCAUUGACCCUUCAGCUAUCACAUCAGUACCCAUUUACUCAAAUAAGGUGAACAGCAGCCUACAGCUGAAGCCAGCUAUUUUUAAAAAAGUGGAUUGCACAGAAGGAGAAGACGAGGAAGCCAACCUGUGGUCUCCAUCCCCACCCAAGAGAAAAAACAAGCCAAUCAGCAUAACCCUGAGUGACUCAGAAGAGGAGCCAGAGAGAGAUGAAUCAGAACAAAAGAACCAGAAUGAGAAUCGAGAGGUCUUGCGAUCCCCCUCUCCACCCCCACCUCCCCGUAGCCCACCUGUGAAACGAACUAACCGUGCAGACAAAAAAAUAAGAGAGAUCAACAGGAAGCUGGAGGAAAUUGACUCUCUCAUGUGUCCUUCACCUGAAAGAGCAGAAGAUGCUCUUGAACAGAUUGACUGCCUCUCCCCCAGAAAUGACUAUGAUGACGACGAUGACAUCAUAAUUAUUUCCUCUGAAGAUAAACAGAAAAGACGUCCGCCGAAACCCGAGCCCAGAGCACCAGCCCGAGAAAUUUCACUGAAAUUCCGGUGGCGAACAGAUGUGUACAAAGUUCCAGUGCUUUCGACGGACCCUUUGAGUAAGGCUGUGGAGCAGUUAUCUGCCAAGCUUAAAGUCCUGCCUUCUCAAAUACUGCUACUGAAGCAAGACACUGAGCUCCCUGUGGACUCCACAGCCACUGAGUUAGGUCUUGGCAUUGCUGACAUCAUAGACUGUGUUGUAAUAACAGAGGACAAAGAAGAAAGCAACAGCCGUGAUGUCAUCACUCUGCGGCUGCAGGGCCAGGCGAAAGGAUCUGCACAAGAAUAUUCUUUACAUAAGGAUGCUCCUCUAGGUUCUAUCCUCUCUCAGUACACAUCAGGCCUGUCUGCUGUUGCCAAGCGACGGGUUAAAUUCCUCUUCGAUGGGUCAAAGGUGACACCCAAUCAAACACCUUCACAACUGGAUAUGGAGAAUGGUGAUGUCAUUGAGGUCUGGACCUGAGUUCUACAAAUAAGCAACAUUGCUUAUUUAAGCAACAAUGAUGGACCUCAUUUCUUUAAGUAAAAAUGCUGUUUUAUAUAAAUUGAUAUAUUUAGUGUUUUCUUUACAAGGAUAUAAAUUAAGGGUUUUAUAAAGUAAAAAAUGUAUAUGUGUAAAGUUGGAUUUUGAUUUAUAUUUUUAAUAAAAGUGAAUGUGGAUUAAAAUGUG